AUGAGUUCUAUUCAAAAAAAGUGGUUAUAUGUCACAGAUGUUGAUACGGCCAGAGAGGAGGUAUUAGAAUGUCUUCCGCGCAUGGGCAAGAUCAACUAUGUUGAUGGUUGGUACGGAUUUGGAGCAUCCGCCAUUCUUAGAUCCAUAGCAGAAGUGCUUCCAUAUAGGAAAACCACUCCAGAAUUAUGCUUUGACAGCGUAAUAUUUAUAGAUUGCUCAAACUGGAAAAAUAGAAGAAUGAUGCAGAGGACAAUUGCAGAGGAACUAGAACUUGAUCGCUCUCUAAUGUCCAUUCUGGACGAGCAUGAUGAAGAUGAUGAUUAUAGUAGAGUUGAUGAAAGCUCGAGGAAUGAGGUCGACAGUGUUGGGAAAGUGAUUGAUCAAACCCUGAGGGACAUCAAAUUUAUGAUGAUUUUUCUUAAUGGAAGUGAUGGAUAUAUUGACGUAGGCCUCCUUGGCAUCCCUCCAUUUGCAAGAUUUGGCCACAAUAUGAUGAUAUGGACCUUCAAUAGGAGCUUGACCAUGCGUCAAGACUAUCAUGAGGUAGUAAACAAGCUAAGAUAUACUCAUGGUUUCAUUAAUUCUUGUUUCUAUAUCAAAAGAUUAAAAAGAUAUCAGAUCUGGGAACUGCUGCAUCAAGAAGCUGCUUCAAUAGUUGCUCGAAUUCCAUGUAUGCUAGAUUUCAACCAGAAAAUGGUCGAAAAUUGUUGCCUCUAUGAAUUAUUUCUGAAACACAAUUUCCACAUCACCAGUAAACUUGAUUGGGCUACUCACGGUUCCAGCUAUUGGAUAUGUGAUGGGAUUAUUACAAGAGGACAUAGCAAGAGAUAA